AUGGCCAAUUUGGUGAAUGCAAAUUUACGUAAAGAACUGGAGAAAUGCAAACACCCCAACAGCCGUAAGACUAAGGCGUUGGGCAAAAAGGCGCGCAGACAGAAUAACAAGCACAAAACCCGCCUCGGCCAUGCAAUUAAAAGCAACAUAAUGGGCGAGAAGCUGAGCUGGUUUCUCGGCCACAUUGAUGAGGAGCGCACAACGCCGUUGAGCCCACAGGAAUUUGAGGAGCUAAUUGAGCUGUACCUGCAUAGGUUCGACGAGGAACUGCAGCAAAUAGCGCUCAAGCAAUCGAUAGGCAAAAACCGCGCCAAUCAGCACGCAGCGCGACAAGAUGUCAUCAGAAUAACACUGGAAAGGGAGCGCAAUGAGUACCAGAGCGGCGGCAUGGAAUUGCUAAACCUAUGCGAUCCGGCCAAAUUCAAAAUGCUGCUUGAUUGGGACGGCAGCGCGUUAAGCGUUCAGCAUUUAAAACUAGAUUUGGUGUCACACAAUAUGCUGCAGCGGCUGAAGCAGUCAGCGCCAGCCAGCACCAGCGCGGAUCAAAUGGAAACAGUCUAAAAACCAUUCAUUAUAAUAUAAACAAAUUUCAAUAAACAUGUAGUAAACAGUAGAGGUGGAAAUACACCAAGUA